AUGAAAAUGAGAAAGGACAGACAAACACCUAAUGAAAUUAAAGUUGCUACACUUGCUCAGCUCUUUGUAACAAGAUUCCAACUUUACCAAAUUGCAAGAACAGUAUCGAAUAAAAAAGGAGCACCUUUAUUUAAAGUGGAAGAAAUGAGCUUUCAGGGGAAAAGAGGGUGUGGCGUCACCGCGCCGGAAAACCAAGAACCGGCCAGGGAGAUGACGUUAGUCACCGGAAAAUGGAGAUGUUCCGACAGGAAAAAGGGUGAGCAAGGGAUGAAUCCAAAUCCAUAUGUUAGGGCUUUAGAUUUUGAUGAAUGA